CAACCAUUCGUUUAUAGAGAUCAUUCAGAGUUAUGACAGCACUGAAAAAAAGUGACUUAUGACCAUUUUUCACCCUUAACUUUUGCAGCAUCCCCUUUUGUGACCAUCCGACAAACGAAGUCAACGCGGGAAGCCCAAUUCCCUUAACAACUGUGUUGCUCCCUUAACAACUGCAGUGGUUCACUUAACAACCAUGGCAAGAAAACGCGUCAAAAUGGGGCUAAAUUGGAUUGAUAAGUCGAACACUAUAAUAUCAAUCAUCCUCUUUUAACGACCCCAUAAUCCCUUGCAGGGUGGAGUCGGGACAACUGAAUGGAGCUGAGUGAUUACUGGCCGGAUGCCCUUCCUGUUGCGGAGUUCAGCAGAUAUAUUCUCAUUGUUCCCAGAGAGAGAAAUAUCGGCCUCUACCUAGGAUCGAACUCACAGCCUCCUGAUUGUGAGGCGAGAGCUCCACCUCUAGGCCACCGUCCCACUCCUGAACGCUAUAAUAUCAAUCUGUAAUAAAUAUUAAAUGUGUCUGCGUGAAGAUGCCAGAUACUUGCCAGGGUCCAGGCCGGCCCGGCCCCCUGGUGACCCUAAAUGUGGGGGGGAAGCUCUAUAGCACCACUCUGGAAACCCUGACUCGCUUCCCCGACUCCAUGCUGGGCGCGAUGUUCCGAGGUCCCCAACCGGCCCUCCUCGACAGCUGCGGGAACUACUUCAUCGACCGUGACGGCAAGACUUUCCGCCAUGUCCUGAAUUUCCUCCGGUUUGGCCGUCUGGACCUUCCGGAGGGCUACGCCGAGCUCUCCCUGCUGCGGGCCGAAGCGGACUUCUACCAGAUCCGCCCGCUCCUGGAGCAGCUGCGGCAGGUCGAGGCGGAACGAUGGCGCCAGCGGAGCAACGCGGUGCUCCACGCCGAUGUGGACGUGACCCCGCGCCGGCUGCAUUUCAACGUGCGCCGUGGACCCCAGAACUACGAGCUCAGCUCUUGCAUCGUGGAGAUCUUCACCGCGAACGUCUUCUGCACCGACCGGCACUUCCUGGCUGUCCUGCGUAGACACCUGGGCCGCCUUGAGUGUGUCAACGGGAAUGUGGACGGAGGGUCUUCUGACGGACAUCCGGACCCGUCGCAGAAAGGAUCAGGCCUUCCCAAAACUCAGGCAACCCUCCAGGAAGGCGGAGGGAGGAACAGAUGGUCUCCUAACGGCGACCGGAGAAUUUGUCUGGACAACUCCACGGAUGAAGACGUGGAGACGGAUGAUGAGACGGUGGACGGUUCUUCGGAAAGGUCCCGUGUGGAAGCCACCACGUGCCACCAUCUGUGCUUGGAGUGGGCCCCGUGCCCAGCAGCGCUGCCCGCCGCGGAGUACGCCAAGCAGAAGUUCCGCCGGCUGCGGGUGGACGGACGAGAGAUCAGGUCCUCCAACCAAUUCCUGGAAGAGGUCCUCAAGGCGGCCUUGGCACAAGGCUUCCGAGUGGAUUCGGUCUUCCCAGAUCCGGCCGAUAUCCUGAACGCCCGUUCUUUGCGUUUCGUGCGACAGUGAAUAGCUCAGCCGAACAUCGGGGCAGAGGCAGCCCGUGGCAGCCGACGCUACCUCCAGACGGACCGAGACGGUCGCACCCGUAGCCUGAGAGCUUUCGGCCUCCGGACGCAGCUGACGCGGAAAAGCCAUGGAGGAGGUUUCCCUCCUUCCUCCAAACAUCUCCCAUCUUUGGCUUCGGCGAGGAAGGGUCUACGUGGGAGCCGAUGGACGAGGAAGGCUUGGGGAGGGAGGGGGGGAAGAAUGACGUCACCCUGCGAAUGAUGACAUCACAGGGUCCUUGGGUCAGUGACACAAACAUCUGCGCGGGUGGCAGCAUGCAAGUCCUACAUAAAGAAGUCCUCGACUUACUUAAGCAACAGUUCAGAGUUAUGUCCGACUAUUAUAGCGGGGGUUGGUCUAGACCAGGGGUCUCCAACCUUGGUCCCUUUAAGACUUGUGGACUUCAACUCCCAGAGUCCCUCAGCCAGCAAAGCUGGCUGAGGAACUCUGGGAGUUGAAGUCCACAAGUCUUAAAGGGACCAAGGUUGGAGACUCUGGUCUAGAUAACCUACAUGAUCCCUUCCAAUUCUGUUAAUAUGUAAAUAUAUAAAGCAGACCCCCUCCAAAAAAAAAAAAGAUACAGGUAGUCCUCGGCUUAUGACCCCAACUGAGCCCCGAAUUUCUGUGGUUCAGCGGGACAUUUUUUUAAAAAGUGAGCUUUGCUUUGUUUUACGCCCUUUCUAGCCACGGUUAUUAAGCAAAUUGCCGCGGUGGAUAAGUCACGAAUAUGGUUGUUAAGUGAACCCGGAUUUCUCCCCGCCCCACUUAGCUUGGCUUGACAGAAGGUCGCAAAAGGGGGAUCUGCUGCAACCGUCAUAAGUACAUGCCAGUGGCCAAGCGUUAGGAAUUCACAUGACCGCUGCAGCGGUCGUAAGUGUGAAAAACGGUCGCUUUUUCAGGGAGGUCACUUUGAACGGUGGUUGUAACUUGAGGAGUAGCUGUAAAUCCACAUCGGGGGGGUGGGUGGGAAUAAAUGGCAAUCCAGGAGAAUUUAAGGGAUGCCGCUAGUCCUUGACUUAGGAUCAUUCACUUAGUGACUGUCCAGAAUUACAACAGACCUCCACAGGGCGGGAGGUGUACUUAACAACCCAGUUCCAAAGUUGUGACACACCCCCAUCCUGUGGUCACCUGACUACAAGUCCGGUUCCUGGAAACCGGCCUGUUUUUUUUCAGCCAUUUGUGAUAUCCCAUGGCUAUGUGACUCGUUUAAUGACCGAAAACUGGCAUUUGCUUUUAGUCGCUUUUGGCAAAGCCGGCCCGUACACAACCAUUGGUUCAUUGAACGACCGCAGCAGUCCCUUAACCACGACUGCAAACAACAUCGCAAAAUCUGGUUGGCGACGGCCACGUUACGACCGUGUUGACUUACGACCGCGAUGGGCGGGUCCCAGGACAGUUGUAAAUCGAGGACUACCUAUCAUGAAAUAAUCCUGGCUAAGUCUUCAGGAUUCCCCAAAUGUUUCCAAUGAUGGUUUCUGUUGGCGCUUCCGCCGUUUUGUAAUUAAUAUAAUUUCGGGCGGGUGGGAUAUGCCUGUAAUUAAUUAAUGGGCUGUUUAUUGUCCCCCGUCCUCUUUUCUUAACUUAUUUUGCUUCUAAUUUAUGGCGUGUGUUCUCACACAGCAGCUUCCCAUUUCUGCACACAAAGGGGGUGCGUUGCAAAGGGCGUGACUCCCGCUGGGGACGAUGGGAGAUGUAGUCCAACCCCCUCGGAAAGGCAGAGGGAUUCGGGGGCCCUGCCUGGACGGCUCCCUUAGGAACUGAGGUCAUGUGUGUUUUCGUCUGUUGUUGGCAAACGAGACACACAAAAGAACGAACUAAUUAAUUGUGUUCAUGGGGAAGAACGUCACACCAAAAUUGUGUGGGUUGACUUCACACACACACACCCCCUUCGAGAGCAACACAAGAA